AUGACAUUAAACACACUGAAGCUUUUAGUUUUCUGCAUAUCCAUAUCAUAUAGCUACUGUUUUAUGUUUGUUGGGUCGAUAUCUUCCUUAACAGCCAUGCCGUUUAGAGAUAAGUUUGUCUAUACGACCCUAAAUGUACUCGAUUUCUGCUUAUAUCCAAGAGAUACAUACUUUGGCACAACUCAUUAUGCUUUCAGAGACAUCACAAAAAUGACUUUGAAGAGAGAUAACAAAAGUGACGUAAAUUACCUUAAUCACACCAGAGCAUUGAUGAAAAUGUCGAACCCUAGCUAUUUUGAUGAUAUUAUUUAUAAGAAAGGUGAUGAUUUUAAAAUUCCUCUAAUCACUCACAGGGUUUGGAUUACUGAUGUCAAAUUUCCAAAGGAAAUAGAUCAUAACUUAAAUCAAGACAAACUUGAUAAAUUGGCUGUGACCUACUAUUAAUUUGAAGAAUCAUCAUAAUAAAAAGGUCUUAACUGGACUCAUUAUUUAUGGGUAUAAGAUAAAUCGUUAUUACCAGAAACAGUAGAGUUUUUUGAAAGUUUAGGUGUUAUCGUAAGAGAAGUAAAAGAAUUAGAAACUAUGAAAAACGAGAGAGUUAGAAAGUAAUUCGACUACUAUGUCGAGGACCUUAGAGCAGUAGCAGCUGCUAGUGAUUUAAUGAGAGGUAUCACAGUGUUAGAGUACGGUGGCUUAUAUUUUGAUAAUGAUUAUUACUUUACAGAAUGGGACUAUAAUCUUAACUAUUACUUUGAUUACUAUGCUAUAACUCUACCAUUAUCCUGGAAUCUAGGAGUAAUGUUAAAUGGAUUUUUCGGCGCAAAGAAAGGUCAUAUUGCCAUUAAGAAUUAUGUAAAAACAAUGGUUGAAGCAUUUAAAUUUGAGAGCGAAGAACAGGAUAGACCACUCUACCUCAACUCAUGUACUUUCAAAACAACAGCAUCUACCAUGAUCGGUACCGGUCCAACAGCUUUUGGUAGUUCAUCUCUAAACUAUCUUAACAGAAAUGGAAAUCAAGAUAUUAUUGUGAGAGAAAAUCCAUAAAUACAAAGUUAUACUCAUAUUAAAAUUCUAAAUGAAAAAGGAGAGGUGGAUAAACUGACCAUUUCAAUAUCUGGUAAAGACUCUUAUUCAGCAUCAUGGUUAAAUGAAAGCAGAGAUAUGCUGACCUUUGGUUGGCAUGACCUAACAAAAUUCUGA